AUGCUACAAAAGAACGUAGUUUAGUAUCUUCUGAAAGAACUUUAAAUAUAUUUGGCCCUUCUAUUAGGUAUUGUUUGUUGAUAAAAUAGGAUUCUAUUAAUCUUAAGGAUUAGAUUCAAUUUUACCAAUAAUUUUGAAUUCAAUCAUUGAAAUAAUUUACCUGCUUUUAAAAUAUAAGAAUAAUGAACAUAUAAAAUAGAUUUGGAGAUUAAAAAUGAUCUUUAUUUUGAUACAAAUUUCAAUGAAUAUAGAGAUGUGUUAAUUUUGUUUGAUAAUUGUACAUUUGAUUGAAGAUAUUACUAUUUAAACAUUUAUAUUAAGCACAGUGUUUCUUAUAAAUAUGAUAUAGGAAUAAGAAAAUAAUUAUGUAACAGAAAUCCCAUUCAAUUUGUUAUAUUUUUUUAAUGUAAUAUAUUUGAUUGGAUUGAUGUUUACAAAGUGGUAAUCAGUAAAAUGUAGUGAGGUUUAUUUAGAGUAAACUUUUAAGUAGAAAUCAUUAGAAAGUAUGGAAAUAGUUAUAAUAAAAAAUUAUAGUAAAGGAAUCAAUAAAUAAUAGAGAUUUGAUAAGCAAAUCAAAUUAAUAGUAAUCAGUUAGUUAAGAAAUAAAUGCAAUAAAAAUGGAAUGCAAUGAAGAUGAAUUAAUUUUAUAGAAUGUAGCUUGGAUUUAGAAUUAGUCUGCUUUAAUUUAUAAUAAGAAGCUAAACAUAGUUUAUUAGAAUAUAUUUUUAGGGAAAUUGCUGAAGUAAUCUAAUUUAGAUGAAUAAUAAACACAAUAAUAAUCAAAGCCAGAUUAUGAAGAAUUGUUUUUAGAUUGUCAAAUAUUAGUAGGGAGCAAAGAGUUAUUGGAAAUAAAUAGCAAUAAUAAUGA